AUCAGGAUUAAAUGCUUCCAAAGGUUCCCCCACCGUUUAAUGAGAACCUUUCCAGGACUGCCUCCCAUCUGUCUCACGUUGAAGGCACCCAAGCACACUGUUCCGGGCAUCCCUCCCUUUCUGCUCCUGCCUCCUUUGCCCUGCCCACAAUUGGCUCCUUACCAGUUCUUGUCUGGGGACUGAGAGACGCGAAGGAUUUCCUCACAUAGAUGAUUAAAAGGGCAUGUUACCUGUGAGAGCAAGAGCGAGGAGGGCAGGAGUUAAAGCCAGAGACGUGAAAGGGCUCUUGCCCUUGAUGGUGCUAAUGGUGAUUGUCUACUUGUUGCUCCUGCUCUGGGAAAACGAGCUGACCGAGGACGUCAUGCUGACAUCCAUCGAGCAUUUGCACGUGGACUACCCUCAGAACACGGCCCCCCUGCGGUACUGCAACUAUAUGAUCCUACAGAGAGUCAUCCGGGAACCCAACCACACGUGCAAAAAGCUGCACGUCUUCAUUCACGAGAGGCCACAGAAAAUCAACAGCGUCUGCACGUCCUCAAAGAAGAAGAGCUGCCCAAACUACUCGGAGAUUUUCUGCUUCCAGAGUGAGACAAGAUUCAGAAUGACAGUCUGUCAGCUCAUUGACGGCACCAGAUACCCCGCUUGCAGGUACCACAUCUCCCCUAUAGAGGGGUUCAUCCUUGUCACCUGUGAUGACUUAGGACCGGUUAAUUUUCAGGGGUACAUUGAAUAACUUGCCAGCACCAGAGGGUGUGAACUUCUCUCUGGUUAACCUGAACUGUGGAUAUGGUGUA